AUGGCAAGGUUCCCAGCUUCUAUAAUUUAUGGUUUAACCUUAUUUGUUCUGAUCAGCGUUGCGCAAGCUGAAUACGAGCCUUACACGCCCAACUAUGCUUCUCCCCCACCACCCGCUUACGUAGCUCCUAAAUACGUUUACCCAUCACCACCACCACCACCGGUUUAUGUUUCCCCCAAAUACCCAACACCAACAUACACCCCCAAGCCAGUUUACGUAGCCCCCAAGUAUCCGACCCCAACAUAUACCCCAAAGCCAGUCUACGUCGCCCCCAAGUACCAACCCCAACAUACACCCCCAAGCCAGUUUACGUCACCCCCAACCAGUCUACGUCGCCCCAAGUACCCAACCCCAACAUACAUCCCCAAACCAGUUUACGUCCGAACCCCAACAUACACCCCAAAGCCAGUUUACGUCGCCCCUAAGUAUCCAAUCCCAACGUACACCCCCAAGCCAGUCUACGUCGCCCCCAAAUACCCAACACCAACAUACAUCCCCAAACCAGUUUACGUCGCCCCUAAAUACCCAACACCAACAUAUGUUCCCAAGCCAGUUUACGUCGCCCCCAAAUACCCAACACCAACAUACACUCCCAAGCCAGUUUACGUCGCCCCCAAGUACCCAACGCCAACAUACACUCCCAAGCCAGUUUACGUCGCCCCCAAGUACCCAACACCAACAUACACUCCCAAGCCAGUUUACGUCGCCCACAAAUACCCAACACCAACAUACACUCCCAAGCCAGUUUACGUUGCCCCCAAGUACCCAACACCAACAUACACUCCCAAACCAGUUUACGUGGCUCCCAAAUAUCCAUCUCCACCACCCCCAGCUUACGUCGCUCCUUACUAUUAA